UCACUGGGGAAACAAACUAUGUGUAAAUGUAGUUGAACUGUUGUGUAAUUUGGGGCAUCUUUAGUAUAUGUUUGUGUAAUCUUUAACUCAUCAUUUUAUAUUUCAUCAUUUGAAGUACUUAAAAGAUCUGAAACUGGGAAAGAAACAAAGGUACUCUGGUGUGGUAGUUGCUUGCUACCUAGCCCACCACGUGGCCAACUUUUACUGUAAAAACAAAAUUGGCAGAACACCAUUGGACCUAAUAGAAAAGGAAAAUUUAAAAAAGACGUUAAAUAUGUUAUUCCCACCAAUGCAAUGUGUGUUUUGUGAAGACGAAGUGGCCACAGAGACGUUCUUUCCAUGUAAACAUCUUUCGCUGUGUAAGAAAUGCUGUCCCCAAAAGAUACCUAAACGAUGCCCUACGUGUGGACAGAAGAUAACGAACAAAAAUAGUUUGGUUGGUCCAAAUUCGUCAAAGAUGGAAGUCCAGAUGGUGGCAGGACCAGUUGUGUCUCCAAAGUUUGAGGACAAAGGAGUUCAAUCAGAUGCACAGUUAUUAGGGGCUACAUCCAAGCAAGGUGGGAGUCCACAGCUGAAGGAGAAGGAUCUUCUGAGAGUGGCUAAGAGGUUAGGAAGAGAUUGGUGGCAAGUAGCGAUUUUUUUAGGAGUUGAUACAACUAAACUGAAAAUUGAUGAUGAGUCUAAUGUCACUGUAAAACAAGGCUACCUGAUGCUUAAGGAAUGGUUCAAAAAUUGCGACCCAGAAACACGGACACACGCAACAUUAAGUGCAGCUCUUGAAGAAGCUGAAUGUGUCGCUGCGAUGGAAUGUCUGUCAUUAGACGCAAAGUGAAUUUCUGUGUAACUGUUGUUGUUUAGCCUCAGAUUAACCUCGACCAAACAGAGACUUAUGAUCAAACGCAUGCCAGCCAAGACCAUCAUACCUAUUUCCAAAGAGAACCCACAACCACAUUGUCCAAUAUGCCCUUCUGUACAGUGAUAUCGUGUGAAUUUAGCUGCUAAUUCUAGCAGGUAUAUCAGCCACAUAGUGAUCCAUUCA